AUGGUGAUUGGGACCAAUGUGGUGACCGCGGAGGAAGGGCACUCAGAGCUGUUGGCAGAACUGACGCUGUGGUUCCUUCCCUGCAGUUACUGCUACCAGUGCCAAAGCCAGGUGCCGCCCCGCAGUGGGCAUUGCUCCUCCUGCCGCGUCUGCAUCCUUCGCCGGGAUCACCACUGCCGCCUUCUGGGCCGCUGUGUGGGGUUCCGCAACUACCGGCCCUUCCUGUGCCUGCUGCUUCAUGCUGCGGGCGUCCUGCUGCAUGUCUCUGUGCUGCUGGGCCCUGCCCUGUCAGCCCUCCUGCGAGCCCACGCGCCCCUCCACACCGCCGCCCUCCUCCUGCUGCCCUGGCUCAUGCUGCUCACAGGCAGAGUGUCUCUGGCUCAGUUUGCCCUGGCCUUUGUGACCGACACGUGUGUGGCAGGUGCACUGUUGUGCGGGGCCGGGCUGCUCUUCCAUGGGAUGCUGCUGCUGAGGGGCCAGACCACAUGGGAGUGGGCUCGGGGCCAGCACUCUUAUGACCUGGGCCCUUGCCACAACUUGCAGGCGGCCCUGGGGCCCCGCUGGGUCCUCGUCUGGCUCUGGCCCUUCCUGGCCUCCCCAUUGCCUGGGGAUGGGAUCACCUUCCAGACCGCAGCUGAUGCGGGCCUCGUGGCUUCCUGACUCCAGAAGGAGCCGGAGCUGUUCAGGGAGAGGGUAGCAGGAAAGGGGGCUCCUAACUCCUUUCAGGCCCAUCCCCAGCCUCCCAUCCCGUCCUUGGCCUUGCCCCUGCCCAGCCUGGACUCCAGUGUCCAGGGCUUGGGUCCUGCAACUCUGCCUCUGUUGGCCCCCCGAGUAGAGUGGACAGUUGGUAAGGGGCUGCUUGGCCAGCCUAGUCACCCCUUUGCUGGGUUAAUAAAGCGCCCACUUGGUUCUUGGACUCUCUCCAUCUUUCUGGGUUUCUGGUCCCUCGCUGUUGCCCAGGCUGCUGUUUCUGGUUUCCUCUGAUUGCCACGCAUGGGAACCACAGAAUGCCUGAGGGCUUAAGGGACCAGGGCUCUUCCUGUGGCUUUGGUGUGGGGGGCUGGGGCACCAGCAGACCAAGGUGGCGUGUGGUGAUCCAGGGAACAAGAAUCCAACAUUCUUUCCCAGGUUCAGUGCUUUAUGGUUAGAAGCCUCUCCAUAACACUCACUGUGCCUCCCUCUGGCUACUCUGGUACCAGGGGCAGCAAUUAUGACGGUUGAUGUGAGAAGAUCAUGGGGCAGUGAAUGGAGGAGUCAGGAUUUGAACCCAGAUCUUUGUGCUUUCUCCUUCACCCUUGCACAGCCAAGGAAAGUGAGUAGCAAAAUCGAGGCAGAGAAAUCAGGUGGAUGUUCAAGCAUCAGCUUCUUCAGAAGCUACCUGUUAAACAUUUUUAUUUAAAUAUAGUAAAUAGACUUCCAGUUAAAUGUAGCAGGUUUAAAUACAUGGGUUUACCUCUGUUUCCUUUUAAAAUCUAAAAUGAUAGUAAAGACAUAAAACAGAUACAAAUUUACAAGGACAAAGAAAAUAGAAGGGAGACAGGAAUAGAUCAAAGAGCCUGAUGACAUUCUGAAAGAUGGGAAGUGGAUGGGGGCUCAUUUCCUCUCUUAGCAGAGAAUUAGAAGUUAAUUCCUAUAGGGAGGGGCCAAGAGGCAGCCAAACUGCCCCCCCCCCCCCGCCCCCAGGGCCCUGGAGAGGCUCAGGAACUCUCCUGGCACCAUGGAAGGCAGGGUUUGGGACUGACAGUAGGGACUGACCCAAAGUCUGUAUGAGGAGCAGCUAAUUGCCCCUUCCCCCCACCCUGGGGCCCCCUUGCAGCCAAGCAGCUACCCCUCUGAGGUACAGAUGGGGGCUACUCGAAGAAGCUUUGGGUCUCAGGGGAGGGUUGGGGUGAGGGGCUGGACCAAAAAUGGGGUUAAGUGAAAAAGUCUACAGAUGCUGCCUUGGGUGGUGGAGAUGUCAUCCAAGGACAUGGCAGGCUUGUCACCCAGGAACGCUCAGAGAAGCCCAUCCUUCUGAGAGGCCCUGCCCAUACCCACAAACCUUUGAGCUGCUAGGACUUCUUUGUUUUCCCAAACGGCACGUUCAACUGCUAGUUCUUAAUGGUUAGGAAAGUGGUGUGCCUGGCACUUUGUGCUGUAUGGAAGCAUGGGCCGACUUCUUGUCUCCUCCUCCGCUUUCUGUUGUUUUUAUUAAAUAGUAAGGAGAUGCAAGAAAAUAUUUAGAAAAUAAAUUCCCUCCUUCCCCCCAUUUAAGAAAUGGAUACCACUUCCUUUGAAGUCCCCACUGUGCCCCUCCCCGGUGGAGAAAACACUGUACUGUCUGAAUCAUUCCCUUGCUUUGCCUUGUAAUCAUAUUACCUAGGUUUGUAUUGGUUUUGCAUGUUUUUGAAUUUUAUAUAAAUGGAAUCGUACUGUGUUUGUUCUUCUAUGACUUGCCUUUUCACUCAAUAUUGUGUUUCUGAGAUUUAUCCAGAUGAACGUGUAGAGCUGUAGGGCAUUCCAUUCCUUCUCCUUGCUGUGUAGUGCGCCAUUGACUAUACCACAACUUAUUUUUCCACUGUCGCCCCUAUUGGAGGACUCCCUAAGAUCUAUUCUUGGUCCUUGCUCUUUCAUAUAAAUUUUAGAAUCCACUUGUCAAGUUCCACCAGUAAAAAAUACCUUUGAGAUUGUGAAUGAAACCCAACUGAAUCUAAAGAUCAACAUCCAUAUGAAAUUGAAAUUGCAUUUUUCAGUUCAUGAACAUGGCGUGUCCAUUAAAUGUUUUCAAUAAAGUUAUAUACUUUUCUCAUAAA